GCCCUUGGUCAUACUUCCUCCAGCAUCGCUAGACACACUGUCGCUUCUGUGUCGACAUUCGAGCAGUGAUUACCCCGUAAUUAUCCAGUGUAGAGUGGUUGUAGUGAGCUCAGUAGAGCCUUAACGUGAUCGUGAGCAGUGUGCGCAGCAGCAGCUAACUGUAGUGGAGAACCUUGGAGGCCACAACAGCAGCCCUCGCGUCGCCCAGCCAGCAGCCACCAUGUAUCCUACCAUGAUGGAGUCGAUGCCGGUGUCGUAUGCCAGCACAAUGGGUGGUAUGAUGGGUCACUACUUCGGUGGAGGGAGUGCGGGCAUGGGUGUGGGUGCAGGCAUUGGCCAGAUUCCUCCUGCCCACCACAGCAAUGCCCUGGCCCAGCAGCAGCCACCCCAGCAGCCUCCUCCGCAGCAGGAGAGCGGCCAUCCCCACCAGCAGGCGUCCCACACCCCCCACGCGCCUGCGCAGAACACCCCAGAGACACUAACAGCGAGUCACGCUCAUCUCCGCCAGGCAGCUCUGGUGACGCCCGUCUCUACCCCAUCACCAGCUGAUUCUACCGCCUCCGGCUGCUCCCCCAGCGGAUCAGCCCAGAAGAAGGAGAACGGCAGCAAGGAUGAUCACGUGAAGCGCCCCAUGAACGCCUUCAUGGUGUGGUCCCGCAUGCAGCGCCGCAAGAUAGCUCAAGAGAACCCCAAGAUGCACAACUCUGAGAUCUCCAAGCGUCUCGGAGCUGAGUGGAAGACGCUGACGGAGGCUGAGAAACGUCCCUUCAUCGACGAGGCCAAACGUCUCCGGGCCCAACACAUGAAGGAUCACCCAGACUACAAGUACCGUCCCCGCAGGAAGCCCAAGACCCUGAAGAAGGACGGUUACCCCUACAGUAUCCCCUACCCCACCGUCUCCAUGGAUCCUCUCCGCGGAGGGUUCCCUUCUCAGCUCUCGCCGUAUUACUCCGCCAGCGCCGCCGCAGCCAACUACGGUUCCAUCACUGCGGCACACAUGGCCGCCGCAGCUGCCGCCGCCGCCGCCGCUCAGCAGCAACUCACCACACAGGCGUCACAGGUUAGCCCCGUCGGUUACGGCUACGACGCCUCCAAGUACACCAGCUACAUGACCGGGGCCGCAGGCUACCCCAUGAGUAUGUACGGGUCAGCCGCCGCAGCCGCCGCCACAGACCAAAAAUAUGGUGACACCAGCAAGGUCGCCGCCGCCGCUGCCGCCUCAGCCGCCGUCGGAGGAUACGAAGCCGCCAAAUCGUAUUUGGACAGCAGCAAAUAUCUCUCCGACAAGUACGGCCUGGAGAAACCCACCUCAUACCUGGAUAAGUUGGCACAGGAUCCCAAAGACGCCGAGAUGAAGAGCGCGUCACCUGGCAUCAGCAGUGUCAACCCGGGACCCAUGGCUGGCUACGGCUCGGCUGCCGGCGCCCUCAGCAACUACUACAGUCAGGCUGCCAGUACCUCAGCCUUCCAGCCCUCUGGAGCUCUGAGUCAGGGCGUCCCCUCUACCAUGGCCAGCCUCCUGCAGCCAUCCCAGGUGGCCUCCUACACUAACGCGCAGUACCCGCCUGUAGGAGCCGACUACCGGAGGCCACUGUCAGUCAUCUUCUAGACCCGAACAGCGUCGAGAGACUCGGGCAGCCAAUCCGCCAUGUCCGGACAAAGCCAUGGUAGUUGCCCCUCCUGUACAUAUCUAGUCACGGGGGCUGUGUAAAUAUGUACAUAUCGCCAUGUUAGACGUCUUUCACUUAAUUAUUUAUGCAAGUGCCUGGGUGUUGCUGUUGAUCUUGUUGGUUGAUGCUUACUGAGUUCCUGUCCACAGUACAAUUUAGGGGAGUUCCUGGGAGGGCCAGUGUUUGGGCCAGGUAGUGUCAACCAAGACUGUAGGGAAGGUGUGUGGAAGCCACGGGUUAUAACACCAUAGUCUCAACACAGCGGUGAACGCCGGGCCCUGCACUAGCCGUAGUGCGCCAUAGGCCCCUACAAGAGCCACUGAGGGCCACGAGAUGUGUACUUCAGUGUUCUCGGGAGGAAGUGGAAUGUUCCUAAGUCCAGUACAUAGACUGCUUUUGGUUGUUUGAUGUUAUAUGUAAUUUUGUUGCAUGGUUCCCGAUGAGAGCUGUACUGUAGUGCUCCUCUGCCCAGUAAUGUUCCUAACCCCUGUGUGGCCACCUGCACGGCAGCUGGUGUUACCAUUCAGCAAUCUGGCGUCGUGUAAGAAAGGUGGUUCUGCCAUCCAGCUGCGCGACGUCCAGCACGGCAGAUGGUAAUGCAAGCCAGCUGUGAGGCGACAAGCACCUUGGUGCCGGGUUCUCUAUUGUAGUUAUAUAAUUCAAUAAAUUAAAUAAUUUAG